GCUGUCUGUUCUGCUGUCAUGUCAUGUCACAAAAUUUUCAUUUCGGCAGCAGUUCAUUUUUAUCAGCAGAUAAUACUAUCAGUCAUUGUGCUAAUGGUUCUCAAAUCUUUUAAAACUUCAUAGAAAUAAUUGAAGCAAGUUUUAAAAAUGGCGAACGUUAACGAGGAAGCCAAUGAUGAAAAUAAUAGCUUAGUACCAAGUGACAAUAAUGCUACUGAACCAACUGAUGAAAAUGUCGAUAUCAAUGCUCAAAUCGAUGAGCAACGGCAGCGAAUGCAGCCAACAAAGCUUGAAUCAUUUUUCGCAAUAACUAAAUCACUUAUUAUUAGAGCAUUAGUAGUGUACUUCAUUACUUCAAUGUUUCGCCAGCCUGCAGCACCGAAACCUGAUAUCAACAAUCCUACAGGAAGCCCGCGCGUCCCUGCGAUUAACAUGUUUGCAAAUGGGACAGUGUUAGACAUGUAUUGUUAUAUUUCAGAAAAUACUUUUUUGAACAAUUUUGAAGAUGGCAAUUUGAUAUGGAAACAAACAGGACUUGUGUAUGGUGAUUGGUAUGGAGGUCCAAAUAACGAUGGCACAUUUACAUAUUCAACAGAUAUUACCCCAUCGGAGUCUCUAAAAAAUAAUGGCUCAAUCUAUUUGCAUGUGUUUGUGGUUCAGUCUGGAAAGUCACCUGACCCUAAAAAUAAAGAAAAAUAUGCUGGCCCUUAUGUGUCAUAUGGCAAAAAAAUGUUAAAUAAAUAUAAAAAGCUGAGAUAUCAAAAAACACAUAACUUAUUGACAGGACAGACUGAAAAAUCUGAAGAAGAAAUUAAAAAAGCAGAGACCUUGAAAGAAGAAAUAGUUUCUCAUUGGCAUCCUAAUUUAACAAUCAACAUUGUGACUGACCAAACUAAUUGGGUGCAAGGGACUGUACCACCACCACUUGAUGAAUUCAUUUUCUUUUUGCCUGAUGGCAAACAGUACAAACCUGCAGUUUUUCUAAAUGAUUAUUGGAACAUGAUGAGAGACUAUACACCAAUCAAUAAAACUACAACCAGCUUGAAGUUGGAAUUGACAUUUCAGCCACUGAGUCUUUUCAAAUGGCAGUUAUAUACAGCACAAGCUAUGAGGGAUAAAUUGAGCAUGUUCUCGGCCUUGGGAGCAGAGGAGCAAGAUGAGGAACAAGACACUGUGAAGGAACUCCUUUUGGACACAUCACCUUAUCUUCUGGGCUUGACAAUAUCAGUAUCCAUUCUUCAUUCUAUUUUUGAACUUUUAGCAUUCAAAAAUGAUAUUCAAUUCUGGAAUAACAGACAGUCACUGGAAGGAUUAUCUGUGAGAUCUGUAUUUUUUAAUGUUUUCCAAUCAUUGGUUGUACUUUUGUAUGUGUUAGACAAUGAGACAAAUGUGAUGGUCAGAAUAUCCUGUUUCAUAGGUCUAAUAAUUGAACUGUGGAAGAUUAAUAAAGUAAUGGAUGUAAAAGUAAAUAGAGAAGAGCGUAUAUUUGGAAUACCUAAAUUGACCUUUACUGACAAAGGCUCCUAUGUUGAAUCUAGUACUAAACAGUAUGAUAUGUUGGCAUUCCGCUACUUGAGCUGGGCUUGUUUCCCCCUUUUAAUAGGUUAUGGAGUGUAUUCUUUACUGUACAAUGAACAUAAAGGGUGGUACUCAUUUAUUCUGAAUAUGAUGUAUGGAUAUUUACUCACUUUUGGAUUUAUUAUGAUGACUCCACAACUGUUCAUAAACUACAAACUGAAAUCUGUUGCUCAUCUGCCAUGGAGAAUGAUGACAUAUAAAUUCCUCAACACAUUUAUUGAUGACAUAUUUGCUUUUGUUAUUAAAAUGCCAACAAUGUAUCGCUUGGGAUGUUUUAGAGAUGAUAUUGUUUUCUUCAUAUUCUUAUACCAACGCUGGAUCUAUAAGGUGGACCACAAGAGAGUCAAUGAAUUUGGGUUCUCUGGUGAGAUGGAAGAACAGCAAAAGCUUGCAAAGAAUGGUACACCAGCUAUUACAGAAUCAGAGCAGCAACCUGCGGAUAAGAAAAAUGACUAAAACUAUAGUAAAAUUAUCCAUAGUUAAUAUUAUAACUAUUUACAUAAAGAUACUAUAGAAUACCCUUUUAUGUAAUUUAACAUGCCAUCCCAUUAAAAUGUAUGGAUUGUUUAUAGGACAGAAAGGUAUUUUAUAGUUUCGAUAAUAAUUGUGUUUGUGUAGUUAGCAGAAAUAGUAUUUGUCAUAAAAAUAGCUAUAAAAGUAUUAUCGCAAAUAUAUCUAGUGUAAUUAAGCCAAAAAUGUUUGAUAUUUAAAAAUUCUUAAACAAAUUCCUUGUGUACCAAAAGAUCACUCAGAAAGAGGCUAGCAUAAUUAUUAAGUCCUGAAUUCUUAAACAUUAAAACAGCCUUGAAUCACCAAACCAUAAA